GGGUCUGCACCACAGGGCGCUGGGCAUGGAACAGCCUGCCCAGGGCUGUGGCAGGAGGUUAAGAUGCUGUGGGGUCAUUUCACUUCAGAAACGUGAGUAUGUACACAGGCACUUUCAGGUGGAAUGGCAGGCCUGACACUGACCUGACCUGAUUGCUAUGGUUGCCACCUCCCGAUGCUCCUAACUGUUGUGCCCACGGAUCCUGCGUGCACUCUCAGCAUGUGUGUGAGGCCAGGAUCCUACAGCAGUAGUGCUAUAGCUUUGCUGUGUGCAAGUCAUUGUGGAGUUUAGUUCUGUUGGAAUGUAGUUCCUGUUGGAAACUAAAGAAAAGGCAGGAGAAAGAUUUUCACCUCAAAGAGAGUUGUGUCACUUGAGCAAGAAGAAGAGGUGGGGUUCUGGUAAUGUACGAGCAGAAGAGGAGGGCAGUGCUGCAGAAGAGAAAUGACCAGAAGCCUGAAUAGCCUUCUGAAGCAAAGAGGCAACAGGCAGGGUCAGGAAAACCUUCAGUAAUGCUGUCCCAGGAAGUUACAGCCAGGGUUAAUUAGCUUGGCCUACUUGCUCCAUGUUUUCUGCCUUUUUCCAUUUAAUAGCAAAGUCUUUCCACAGAAAGAAUUGAGGCAAAUUCCUCACCUCCCUUCUCCCUGCAGAUAUCAGUGCCUGUGAGGUGGCUCUGAUUCUCAGUUACCUUUCCACAGGGCUGCAAUUUUCAGCAUGCCAUUCUGAUGAGCUAAUGCCUUAUAGCCCAUGCAAGCUGCUGAAGAAUAAUGAACAGAGAUGUUGAAUAGCAGCCCGCCGCAUUGACAGAAAUAGCUGUGCAAGGUAUAAAGCAGUGGGAGGACUGUCCCAAUGACACACUUCUGGCCAUAUUUCUUGAUAUCAUUUUUUCACCCCAUUAGCAUCUGCAGACUAACACUUGCUUUCUCUCUUGAUGGCAGAGCAGAACCAGGGCCAAGAAAAGCAAUUUUGAAAUGAUUUCCUGCUGCACAAGGAAGAUGUCUAAGGAUCUGAGUGACACUGUUGUGCCUCUUGGAAUAAGUGAGAUAAUCUUAAGUGAAGUCUGGGAAGUGUAAAUGUGGAGGAUGUAAGCAAAUACUGCUAGAAAGCACUGAAAAUUUGCUGGACCUGAGGGAAAUUGCUGGAAAGCAAGAGGAAUAGUGUAAUGGGCCAUGUCUUGCCCUAUGUCGAGAUUGCCAGGACAACACUAGAGCUUCGUCCUCACAGACUUUUUAAUUGUUUAUGGCUAGAGUUCCCUCUGCAACUGCCAACAAACAGCUUAUUUAUGUACAGUCAUCAGUCCAGAAGACAGAAAAGAGAGAUGGCUUUCAUUUCUGGAGACAGAAGAAGACUGCCUCCCAUGUCGUGAUGGAGCUGGAGAGCACCAGGGAUUGCAGCCAGGCUGAGAAGCCUUUCUUCUGCCCUUCCCAUCCCUCAGAGGAGCUGUGGCUGUUCUGCGAGCAGUGUGACCAGCCUGUAUGCCAGGAUUGCGUUGCACAAAGGCACCAGCAGCACCCCUAUGACUUCACCAGCAAUGCUGUGCACCGGCACAAGGACACCCUGCAGAAGCUGCUGAGAAGCACCCAGCAGCGCAUGAGCACGUUAGAAGAUGUGCUGAGCCAGACUGAUGGUGUGGGCAGUGCCAUCCGUGCUCGUGCAGAGGCCGUGGCCGCGGAGAUCAGUCUGUUUGCCAGAGGAUAUGUGAAAGCGAUUGAAGAGCACCGGGACCGGCUGCUGAAGCAGUUGGAGGACCUGAAGGUGCAGAAGGAAAACCUGCUGCACUUGCAGAAGGCCCAGCUGCAGCAGCUCUUGCUGGACAUGAGGACAGGCGUGGAAUUCACGGAGCGCUUGCUGACAAGUGGCUCAGACCUGGGAAUCCUCGUCACCAAAGGGGUGGUGGCAAGCCGGCUGGCAAAGCUGAACAGUGCUGCUUACAGCACCCACCCCAGAGAGGAUGACAGCAUUCAGUUCUCUCCCCAGGAGAGGGCAGGGCAAUGUCAAGGCUAUGAGGUUUUUGGGGCCAUUAUCUGCAAAGCUGUUGAUCCAGCCAAAUGUACCCUGCAUGGGGAAGAUCUCUGCAGUGCCCAUCAGAAUGAGCUGACAGGCUUUACCCUACUCUGCAAUGACACCACGGGAGAGCAGAUGGGGAGAGGAGGAGAAGCCGUGAUGGUCACCAUCACCCACAAGGACAAGAAGGACUGUACAGUCAAACCAACAGUGUGUGAUAAUGGUGAUGGGACCUACCAUAUUUCCUACAGCCCUGAGGAGCCAGGCUUGUAUGCUGUCUGCGUGUAUGUGAAAGGGCAGCAUGUACAGGGCUCUCCAUUCAUUGUGAUGGUGAAAAGCAAGUUCCGCAAGCACCAAGGCAUGUUCCACUGCUGCACGUUUUGCUCAAGUGGAGGAAAGAAAGCUGCUCGCUGUGCCUGUGGAGGGACUAUGCCAGGUGGGUACCAAGGUUGUGGCCAUGGACACAAAGGUCACCCUGGAUGUCCCCAUUGGUCAUGCUGUGGACAAGUCAAAAUGAGCUCGGAAUGUCUGAGUGCGUUGCCCAGCGACAGAUCGCAGAGGAGUUUGCUCAGGACAGUGGAACUCUGAGCAGCCAGUUGAGCCUCAGGGGCUCAGUUGAGUUCAGGGGCCUCCUACUGGCUGCUGAAUGAGCACAUGGCGCAAGGAUCCCCACAACUACUGAAGAGCCACGUUGCCAGAAAACAACACAGUGAUGGGUAUGAGCUGAGAAAGGAGGGUGAGGGAGAAUAAAACUGUGCCUUAUAUUCU